AUGUCCUUUCCCCGCCAACAUCACACAGGGAAACCGGUUUCUCCAGAAGCUACGACACAAAUUGUCUCAUCUAGGCCAUCGACACGGACAGCAAGUAAUAUUCGUACCCUGAAAAACGUUCCCGUCAAUACCACCCAAACGAUCCCGUGUGACCAGAUGCGAUGGGGUGUAAAUACGGAACAAUGCCGAUGGGAGCAAUCCCCAUGGAUGGAUUAUGGGGAUGCAAGUCGCGAAUGGCCUGACGCUUUCCUGCAGCUAGAUGCAGAGAUCCGCGCACUUGAAGAAUAUUUGUUACCAACACCCCCUGAGCGGGAUAGGGUAAACCAUAUAGUUUCACAAGUUACAAGCAUGCUGCGAGAUGUUGUACCUCAAACGCCCCAGGUCAUCGGCUCUCGGCGAACUGGCUUUGCGAUGAGCCACUCAGAUUUGGACUUCAUAUUGCCCGUGCCAGAUCCAGCCCGAUCGAUCGACAGGGUCCGAAGGCCAAGUCCCACACGGCCACAGAUUCUCAGUUUCCAUAGUGAUCUACUGUCUCGAGUAGAAUGUACCCUUCAGCAUUGCUCGUCGUUUAGCGGUCGGAUUCAAUUGAGCGGCAAAUGGAACUCUAUUCUGACCGCUGUUCACCAUGAGACCGGUAUACGAGUGCAAUUCCAAUGCGGCGAAGGCUUGCCCUCUUCUGUUGAGUAUAUAUGCGACUAUUAUACUGAAUAUCCUGCGAUCCGGCCGCUAUACAUGGUUAUCCGUCUGAUAUUGGAGGCGCAAGAGUUGUUCGGUAGCCAUAAAUCAUCCAUUGGGCCUGAUUCUCUCGUGAUGCUUAUUGUGGCAUUUCUUAAGAUGAAACAUGGCCGAUUUCAAGAGUCAAGGAGCUUAGGCCAACAGCUCCUUGCUUUUCUAAAGGUAUACGGCUCUGAGGUUGAUCUUAGAAGUACCUGUGUUUCCGUGGACCCACCGAGCUUCUUCGAUGCAAGUACUGUGAAAGACGCAAUCAAAAUGUACGAUGCAGAGGAUUUGCCAGCCCAUCUUCGCGGCCAGCGUGCACUUGUAAACCGGAAGAAAACGGCUGCCAUGAAGCGCAACAUUCCGGCAGCCUCGAGGCUAUGCCUUCAGGAUCCCGCCAAUUACAUGAAUGAUCUCGGCCGCACAUGCUCUCGCACCUGUGAGCUCCAGGACGUCUUUUUGCGCGCAUAUGAUCGCCUUAACACAUGUCUUGGUGCAUGGGAACGGCAUACACAUGGUGGUUUGAGAAACAGUCUUCUUGCCCCUGUUUUACGAGCAAAUUUCGAUGACUUUAGCAAAGUGCGAGGGCAGAUAACCUAA